GCUCGAAUUCAAAAUAACAACACAACAAUAAUAGUAAUAAUAAUAAUAGUAAAUUGCUUUGAUAGAUAAUAGUUGGAAUAGGUGCAGAGGAAUUUUGAGGUCAACUACAGAAUUGACUCACCGAGUUGGGGGCGAGUCUCUGGUUUUGCAGAUGCGAUUCUCUAUGGAACUCCGCUUGUGUCCGCCGCCGUUCGUGAUCGGAGGCAGUGUUCGUCUCUCCUUGACGCUACGGCGGUUGCUGCCGGUCCGAUGUACUGCACUUACCAAGCAGAGCCACCGGUUCCUCUCCACUUUGGCCACAACCGCCGCCGCCGGAGACCAAUCGGCGACCAAUCGCUUGAUCCGAAAGUUCGUAGCGAGUUCUCCCAGGUCUAUUGCUCUCAAUGUCCUCUCCCGUAUCCUCUCUUCUCACACUCCUCAACCUGCACUCUGCUUCGUCGCUCUCACUUUGUAUUCUAGAAUUACAGAAGCAUCCUGGUUCACAUGGAAUUCCAGGCUAGUCGCUGACCUUGUUGCCUUCCUCGAUAAACAUGGGCAGUUCACUGACUCGGAAGCCCUAAUUUCCGAGGCAACUUCAAAGUUAGGAUUUCAAGAAAGAAAGCUUGUGAGUUUCUACUGUCAACUUGUUGAAUCUCAAUCCAAGCACGGUUCAGAGAGAGGAUUUGAUAACUCUUACGAUUCCCUUCUCGAGCUUCUUCAUAAUUCGACCUCCGUUUAUGUUAGACGUCGAGCUUUUGAAUCAAUAGUUUCUGGGUUGUGCGCCAUGAAGAGACCAGAGGAAGCCGAGAGUUUGGUGAAAGAGAUGAGAUCCAAAGGAAUUGCACCAUCGUCAUUUGAAUAUAGGUCUGUUAUUUACGCUUAUGGAACGUUGGGAUUAUUUGAAGAUAUGAAGAGAAGUUUGGAACAGAUGGAGAAGGAUGAUAUUGAUUUGGACACAGUUUGUUCUAACAUGGUACUUUCAUCAUACGGAGCUCACAAUAAGCUUGCAGAUAUGCUUCUGUGGCUCCAAACGAUGAAAACUUCCUCCCUUCCCUUUUCUGUUCGAACUUACAAUUCUGUCUUGAAUUCAUGUCCCAAGCUUAUGUCAAUGCUACAAGACAUGAGUGCCGCCGAUCUUCCACUUUCGAUCGAAGACUUGAUCACGGCUCUGUAUGGCAAUGAAGCUUUGUUGGUCGAAGAGUUGGUUGGCUCAUCUGUUUUGAAAGAAGUAAUGGUGUGGGAUUCAAUGGAGCUUAAGUUGGAUUUUCAUGGAGCACAUGUAGGUGCAGCUUAUGUGAUCAUGUUGCAGUGGAUGAAGGAGAUGAAACUCAACUUUGAGGAUGAAAACUCUGUGAUUCCAGCAGAGGUUAUAGUGAUAUGUGGAUCUGGAAACCACAGUAUUGUUAGAGGAGAGUCUCCUCUAAAAGCUCUGAUUAAAGAGAUUAUGGUUCGGACGGGAAGUCCUUUGAGAAUCGACCGAAAGAACACUGGUUGCUUCGUCUCCAAGGGGAAAGCUGUAAAGAAUUGGUUAUGUUUAAGAUGAAUAUAACAUUAUUAUUGCAGUGGAAGAAGUUCAAACCUUACAAGGGGCAAAUCAA